UAGUAUUUCUCUUAUACAUCAACAAUAAUAGUGAGAGAGAUCGAGGUAGUGAUAUGGCAGAAAUUUGCUUCACCACUAUGGUCCAACCGGCGGGACGUCACUGUAAAUCUUCAACCGAUAGUUUACGUAUUGAGUUAACUCCAUGGGAUGUCCGGCUACUUUUAGUUGGCCCUAUUCAGAAGGGACUUCUCUUCCUCAAACCAUCACUUCCACAAGAAAAAGAAUUAGUAGCAAACACUAGUACUACUACUCUCAUCGAUCACCUCAAAACCUCCCUCUCUCGCACUCUAGACUUCUUCCCUCCCCUUGCUGGCCGCCUCGGCAUCAUCGAAAAAGCCGAUAACACCACCUCCUUCUUCAUAAACUGUAAUGAUGUCGGAGCACAGUUCAUUUAUGCCGUGGCUCCAAGUAUUGCAGUGGCCAACAUCCUUGAGCCUGUGUACGUGCCUCGCUUUGUGCACUCCUUUUUCCCCUUAAAUGGAGUUCAAAACCACGAAGGCGUCUCCAAACCCUUACUUGCAGUGCAAGUGACUGAACUCGCCGAUGGAUUCUUUAUCGGUUCCACCGUGAAUCACGCAGUCGCGGAUGGCUCAUCUUUUUGGCAUUUCUUCAAUUCAUGGUCGGAAAUUUCCGGUGGUUUUGACAAAAUAACACGGCCUCCUUUUCUUGAACGUUGGUUUCCCAAUGAUAUUGAUUGUCCCAUUCGUGUUCCUUUGUUUGACAAACAACUCAAUGAAGGGUUCUAUAGUAUUCUUCCAAAACUUCAAGAAAGGGUAUUUCAUUUUACCAAAGAAAAAAUUACAGGACUCAAGGAAAAAGCUAAUGCCGAAAUGAAGUACACAACCCGGAUCUCCUCUCUUCAGGCACUUAUGGCUUUUCUAUGGCGAUCAAUAAUACGUUGUACAAGUACCGUUGUCCAUGCUGAUGAAGAGACAAAUUUUAGGGUGGCGAUUGGUGUUAGGCCGAGGUUGCACCCACCACUGCCACAAGAGUAUUUUGGAAACGGGGUGUACUUUGAGACCGUGACCACCAAAGCCAGUGAGCUACUCGAGCAAGGACAAGGUUGGGCUGCUUGGCAAAUGAACAAGUUAAUUGCCUCGCAAACAGGUGAUGAAAUAAGGAACUUCUUGAAGUGUUGGGUAAAAAACCCUAGGCUGCCGACAUGGGGUUCCGUGACAACCAACGCUUUGAUCACGAGCAGUUCCCCUCGGUUCAACAUGUACGGUAAUGACUUUGGUUGGGGAAAACCGGUGGCGGUACGAAGUGGUGAGGCUAACAAGUGUGAUGGUAAGCUAACAUUUUUUCAGGGGCCAGAAGAAGGGAGCAUUGAUGUUGAAAUUUGCUUGUUGCCCGAGACAUUGCAUGCCAUGGAGGAUGAUGCAGAGUUUAUGGAGGUUAUCACCGUGUGAUAUAUUUUUAUAUAUAUAAACAUAUAUAUUAUGAAUUGCUUAGCUUUGUUAAUUAUUAAUAUGGAAUUUUUUUGUGA